CAACAACAACAACCAGUUCGUUCAUACAACGUUAACCUUUUUUUCCAUGUCGAUGACAUAGAUCUCAGUUUCUCACGUAGAAUAAUGAUAAUCCAGUUUUACUAUAGUACAACAGCGUAGUAUAAUUUGAAAAACAGGCCUUGUAUAUUUAUAUUUAUGUUCAAUGUUUGUUCAUCAUAAUCGAAUUGAAAUGUUACCAAUAUAAAUUUGUUAUAUACUACUUCCUAUGUUUUCACCAACGUUUAGCAGUUAUUAUAUUACCCAAAUUGCGAUUUUGCCUGUUUCUCAUUUUAUAUGCUAUGGCUGAUGAAGAUGUUUUUGUGAGUCGUCAAAAUCUCAUCUCUCUCCCUUUUUACAUUAUCAUUUUUUCAACCAAUUCAUUCAAGGAUCAAAAGAUAGAUAUACAAAAAUAAAUGGUAAAUUCAUAAUGUGAAAAUUUUUUGUCAUUAUCUGGUCAACAGCCUAUUAUUGUGUUCGAAAAUAAAUAAUUUUUACAUACAAUGAUGAAUCUGAUAAAUUCAACGCAUAUAAAAAUGAAUACUUUAAAACCGAUUGAAUUUAUAAUGCCAAAUCCGAUUCUGUCAUUAACGGAAUGGCGUACACAGAAUCUAGAUAAUCAUGAAAUUGCAUUUAGUAUGGAGCAUUUAUAUUUGCUCAUCAAUUUGAUCUUGAAUCAAAUAUUCCGAUUCGGAUUUCCAGAUUCAAUCAUCACCGAUGAUUUUGUUCAACGUCCUGCUGAAGUGAUCGAAGAAAACAAAUUAGAGAUUAUUGAUCACUAUGGAUGGGUGUUGAUUUUGACCAUUACAUUUUUGUUCCUUGCAAUAUUUGUGCCCAUAAUUUGGUUGAUGAGUUGGUGUUUCUGUUGUACACAACCAACAAAUCAGAAUAAUAAACGAUCUCGUAUUAGUAAUUAUAAUCAUUCUAUUUCUGGUAAUGAAAAUCUACUUCGCCAUGGCCGUUCUCAUUCAUCAUCAUCUUCAUCAAGAUCUAGAACCAACGAUCAACGUUCAUCAUUUUCAAAUCAUCAGUUUAAGGUAGAAGGUUCAUGCGAUUGUUGUAUGCGACCAAUAUUUUCCAUCGUACUUCUAUUCCUACUUGUUUUAUCAUUUUUAUUCAUAAUAUGUUCAUUUGUUACAAAUGAUUUUGUUCAUGAUGGAAUCAAAGAUUUACCUAAAGCUGCCAACAAUUCACUUGCUGAUUUCGAAAUCUAUCUGAACAAUACUCAAUACGAAUUGGACAUUCUUUUCAAGACCAAUUUUGCUCAAUUAGAAACACAAAUCCGUAAAAAUUUAGACAUUAGUGGCGAAAUCGUGAAGAAUGAAUUGGCUAUCAUUUCAAAAGCUAGUUCAGUAGAUAACCUUACGCAAAUCGUGACAAAUUUGCAACCAAUUUUACUGGAUUUAAAAAAACUAAUCAACCAUACAAAUGAAUUAAAAUUUUUAACCGUUCAAUUACGAGGAAAAAUCUCUCGAAUAAAGCAAGAUAUUGAAGAUUUUUUUCAAACAUGUCGCCAUGACAUUUGUUUAGAAUUAGAAGAAAAAUAUCAACAGAUACGACAUUCAUUUUCCAUUUCAUCUCGUAUCGAAAGUUUACCACGUCUUUCACCUAUAAUUGAUAAAAUCCAAUAUCUAUUGGAUCGCAAUAUAAUUGCCGAAAUAAAAAAAGGCAAAGAAAAACUCGAUAUAAUAAGCAAUGAUAUACAACGAAAAGUUAAUGAAAUUAUUCCAUUGAUUCGAUCAAAUAUUUCCCAAGCGAACAAAGCACUUGUAGAAAAUGUUGAAGACAUCAAUACCGUACUUGCUCAGCCUAUUCAAUACAUUCGAUUAGUACAAGGAUUUCUAUCAAAUUCAAAUAAUUUCAUUCAAAAGAAUAAUCAUCACAUUUAUCAUAUUGGAUUAUUUUCAAUUAUGAUUUUAUUCGUCAUUUUGGCCUGUUACUUUUUCGGUCUACUAAGCAAUCUUUGCAAUGAUCAACCUACCCGUUUCAAUUAUAAAAAACGAUCAAAAAAAGGAGAAUUUUUCUCCUAUAUUGGUAUGACAUUAUUUUUUCUAAGUUUUACCAUUAUUCUAUCGUUGAGUACAAUUUCAUUCAUCUUUGGUGGACUAAAUGAUCGAUCAUUAUGUUUCUAUCUCAGAAAUGUUUCUGAACCACAAAGAAAAAUGAUGCAUUUGUUACAAAUGGAAAUGGAAAAUGAAUUCUCAUCAGAUACAGCACAACAAGAUUCAUAUGAAUUAAAACAAAUGUUUGAAUACUUGAAAAAAAUUAAUAUAAUCGAUAUAAUAGAUCGAUGUCAUCAGAAUCAAAGUCUAUUCAAUGUACUUAAUCUUUCGAUUGAUCAAAAAAUACGUGUUGCCAAAUCCGAUCAGGAAACAACAACAAGUUUUAAUCUAUCGGAAAUCCUCACUUUUAAAGAAAAAAAUAACAUUCAAAAAUACUUGAACUCUUUGUUAAAUCGUUUGAAUAUUAAUCCCACCAAUGUUGUUUUAUUGAGCGAAGAAGGCAAAGAAUUGUUACAGGUAUUGAAAGAAACGCCUUUAGAAACAUUGAAUUUUUCCGGAUUCGCCAAUUCAAUCAAACACAGUAUUACUCCUAUAGACUUGGAAUUAUUGUCGAAAAAAUUGGAAAACGAAUCAUAUCGUAUGCCUGAUUAUGAGAUUGAAAAUAUUGCUAAAUUACGAAAUAUUGUUCUUGAUUUACGAUCAUCUAAAGAAUUGAUCAACAUAAUAGCACAAAAAAUUGAAAAUUUGACGAAAAAUGCUGAAAGAAUUGAAUUGAAAUCACAUUUCAAUGGAAAAAGUCUACGUGAAACAUUAGAUAUUUUGUUAAAACAAGCAAACAACGCACAACAAUUUAUUAACCAAAAAGGACGAUUAGAAAUACGUAAUGUGUUGAGGAAUUACAUCGAAGAUUUAAGUAUGCUUUUGACUCAAUACAGUGACCAUGUGGAACAACGAGUGAAAAAUGAAAUUGGUAAAUGCGAACCAGUAAGCCGUUCAUACAAUCAUACGGUUUCAUCACUUUGUGAUAAUGUUGUUUUACCUUUUACUGCUUGUUGGUUCAGCGUUACGAUCACACUUUUGGUCUUUAUUCCAGCAACAUUGUUGGUUUGUUUAUUGAAUUCAUUGUUUAAACGAAUAAAACGUUCAUCGACACGGCGAGAAUCGAUUCUGAUUAUAGAUCAUUUCGAAGAAGAUGAUAUACCAUUAGCUGAGGUGGAUAAACGAAGUAGUAGAAGUGGCAAUACUAAUCGUCGUCCAGUAGUUCCAAGUGCACCACAUAUAUCUGCAUUUAAUGAACGUGAUCAUUCGGAAGAAGAAACAUGGUCACCGGGUGCCAUUCCACAACAUCUUUAUUCAAGGCCACCACCAUAUAAUUUUUGAAUGAAGAAAAUUUUCCAUUAGUGAUUUUUUUCUGAGAAAAAGAGAUGAUCCAAAGUAUAUGACAAUAUUUUUUUUUCCUAACGCGACUGCCUGAUUAUUGACUUGUUGAAUUGUUAUUGAACGACGCAUCAAUCAAUCAAAUAAUAGUACAUCAAUAUUUUUUUCUUUUUUUUUUAUUUCAUUAUCAUUCAUAUACCAUUAUACAACAACAACCAUUCACAAUUACGUAAUUAGUGAUUUUUUGUUCUCCUCAUUUGCUUUCCAUAGUUUGUAUUUAUUAAUAUGACGAUACUUAAAAAUCAGCGCUUGUAUUGUUUUUCUUAAUUCCAAUGUUCAUUUAAAUAUUUGGUAGUUUCAAAAAUGAUGAUUUUCUUGUCUGUUGAUCAAUUAAAGAAAAGAAAAAUUAUAACGAAACACGAUGUGAAUGUGGAAUUGAAA